UUCUCCACCAGACGGACCAAACGCGUAGAUAAAAACAGAUCUCGGUCUCCCCCGGAGCCCAGAACUCGCCCAAAAGCAGAAGAAACCAGGAAAACCCAACCGUCGAGAGAGAAGAAGCGAACACCCCGACAUCCGGCUCUAUGGCUUCGCAGUUGAUCGAGGAGCACCGGUCGGGCGCGGAGGUGUUCACCGAGCUCUGCGAGGUCAAGGCCCGCGAGUUCCUGGUGGAGCUCGGCCUCCCCGACGGGCUCCUCCCGCUGCCUUCCCUCGUGGAGGUCGGGUACAACCGCGCCACCGGGUUCGUGUGGCUCCGGCAGGGCCAGUCCGGCGGGCUGACCCACACCUUCGACGCCAUCGGCAAGCAGGUGUGGUACGCCACCGAGGUGACGGCCAUGGUGGAGCGCGGCCGGAUGCACAGCAUGAACGGGGUCAAGAGCAAGGAGAUGCUCAUCUGGGUCACCAUCUCCGAGAUCGUGGUCAGCCCCUCCGGCACCAAGAUCGUCUUCCGCACCCCCGCGGGGCUCGGCCGCGCCUUCCCCGUCUCCGCCUUCCAGCUCAACCCGCCGGCGCCGGAGGGCGAGGCCAAGGUCUCCGAGGAGGACGCCGCCGCCGCCGCCGCCACCAACUGAUCUACCAGCAAAGCAAGUAAAAGUCAAUGAACGGCGUGUGCCUUAGCAGCGGUAAGCAGUUAAUUUCGUUUGCGAGAUCCGGUGGUAAUCAGUGAGUCCGUGACCUUUCCCUUUCCUGUGUUGCCAGUGUGAUGUCGAGUGGAUGGUGCUGAGAUAAGCGGUGCUUGUAUUAUGAACUAAAUUUCGAGCUGUUGAUGUGUUCUAGUAGUACGGAGUAGUAUUCUUGUUUCAGUUUGAUGCGUUUGCUUACGCAUUUGAUCUAUCUGUUACUGUUAGCUGGUUGUAUUGAACUUCAUAACGUGUUCAGGAUUGGAUCUGCGUGUUU